AGAAAUGAGGGUCCCUGUAUUUGAGGACGUAAAAGAUGAAACUGAAGAAGAAAAAAGAGGGGAAGAAGAAAAUGAAGAAGGCAAGGUGUUCUUUAAGCCUGUUAUUGAAGACCUGAGCAUGGAAUUGGCCAGAAAAUGCACCGAACUCAUUAGUGAUAUCCAUUACAAAGAAGAGUAUAAAAAGUCUAAAGACAAGUGUACAUUUGUGACUGACACGCCUAUGCUAAAACACGUAAAACGUAUCGGCGCUUUUAUUUCUGAGGCAAAAUACAAAGGCACCAUUAAGGCGGACCUUUCCAAUUCUCUUUAUAAGCAGAUGCCAGCCACAAUUGACAGUGUCUUUGCAAGAGAAGUUACACAGCUACAGAGUGAGAUUGCUUACAAGCAGAAGCACGAUGCUGCCAAAGGAGUCUCAGAUUAUGCCCACAUGAAGGAACCGCCUGAGAUCAAACAUGCCAUGGAGGUCAAUAAGCACCAGAGUCACAUUUUUUACAGAAAAGAUGUGCAGGACACCCACAUGUACAAUGCGGAGCUUGACAGACCAGACAUCAAGAUGGCGACACAGAUCUCCAAGAUCAUAAGCAAUGCUGAAUACAAGAAAGGGCAAGGAGUAAUGAAUAAAGAGCCCGCUGUAAUUGGAAGACCAGAUUUUGAACAUGCUGUGGAAGCUUCUAAACUUUCUAGUCAAGUUAAAUACAAAGAAAAAUUUGAUAAUGAAAUGAAGGAUAAGAAACAUCAUUACAAUCCUCUUGAAAGUGCUUCUUUUAGGCAAAGUCAGCUGGCCACUGUCCUGGCAAGUAAUGUGAAGUACAAGAAAGACAUUCAAAAUAUGCAUGAUCCAGUUUCAGAUCUCCCAAACUUGUUUUUAAACCAUGCUUUGAAAGCCAGCAAAAUGCUCAGCGGACGGGAGUAUAGAAAGCUUUUUGAGGAAAACAAAGGCAUGUAUCACUUUGACACGGGCGCUGUGGAACACCUGCACCAUAAAGGCAAUGCCGUGCUCCAGAGUCAGGUUAAGUACAAAGAAGAGUAUGAGAAAAACAAGGGGAAAUCAAUGCUUGAAUUUGUGGAGACACCAUCAUAUCAAGCUUCAAAGGAGGCUCAGAAGAUGCAGAGUGAGAAAGUUUACAGAGAGGAUUUUGAGAAGGAGAUUAAAGGAAGGUCAUCGAUGGAUUUAGACAAGACUCCAGAGUUUUUACAUGUAAAGUACAUCACCGGCCUUCUGAAGGAGAAGGAAUAUAAAAAAGAUUUGGAAAAUGAAAUAAAAGGGAAAGGAAUGGAACUUAAUUCAGAAGUACUUGAUAUUCAGAGAGCAAAACGUGCAUCUGAAAUGGCUAGUGAGAAAGAAUACAAGAAAGAUCUGGAAUCAAAAAUUAAAGGGAAGGGAAUGCACAUUGGCACUGACACCCUUGGAAUUCAGCAUGCCAAAAGAGCUUCUGAGAUAGCUAGUGAGGUUAGUAGAAAAGAUUAUAAAAGAGAUCUGGAGACUGAAAUUAGAGGGAAAGGCAUGCAGGUGAGCACAGGUACCCUCGAUAUCCAGAGAGCUAAGAAAGCAUCUGAAAUGGCCAGCCAGAAAGAAUAUAAGAAAGACUUAGAAAAUGAAAUUAAAGGGAAAGGAAUGCAAGUGAGCAUGGAUAUCCCGGAUAUGCUUCGAGCCAAGAGGGCAUCUGAAAUCUAUAGCCAGAAAAAGUAUAAAGAUGAGGCAGAGAAGAUGCUUUCUAGCUAUUCUACUGUGGCAGAUACUCCUGAAAUCCAGAGAAUUAAGACAACUCAACAAAACAUUAGUGCGGUAUUUUAUAAGAAAGAAGUAGGAGCUGGCACAGCAGUAAAAGAUACUCCAGAGAUUGAACGAGUGAAGAAAAAUCAGCAGAAUAUUAGUUCAGUAAAAUACAAGGAAGAGAUGAACCAUGGAACAGCCAUUUCUGAUCCACCAGAGCUCAAGAGAGUUAAAGAAAACCAGAAGAACAUCAGCAAUCUCCGGUACAAAGAGCAGCGUUACACAGCAACUCCAGUGAGCACGACGCCAGAGAUAGAGAGAGUGAGGAGAAACCAGGAGCAGCUGAGCACGGUGAAAUACAGAGGAGAGAUUAAACAGGCAACGGCAGUUUCUGAUCCACCAGAGCUGAAGAGGGUUAAAGAAAACCAGAAGAACCUCAGCAAUGUUUAUUAUAAAGGUCAGCUGGGAAGAGCUACGGCUUUAAGUAUAACUCCUGAAAUGGAAAGAGUAAAGAAGAAUCAAGAAAAUAUUAGCUCGGUAAAAUAUACUCAGGACCAGAGACAGAUGAAAGGUAGACCAAGUCUGAUUUUAGAUACACCUGGUCUCAGACAUGUCAAAGAAGCUCAGAAUCAUAUUUCAAUGGUGAAAUAUCAUGAAGAUUUUGAAAAGACAAAGGGAAGGGGCUUCACUCCUGUUGUGGAUGACCCCGUGACAGAGCGAGUGAGGAAGAAUACCCAGGUUGUCAGCGAUGCCGCCUAUAAAGGUGUCCAUCCUCACAUCGUGGAGAUGGACAGGAGACCUGGAAUCAUCGUUGACUUCAAAGUUUGGCGCACAGAUCCUGGCUCCAUCUUCGACAUUGAUCCCCUGGAAGACAAUAUUCAGUCUAGAAGUCUACAUAUGCUCUCUGCACCUGUUCUUCCUGGAGCCUACCAGCAAGGCCAUUCUCAAGGGUAUGGGUACAUGCAUCAGACCAGCUUGUCAUCCAUGAGGUCAAUGCAGCAUUCACCAAAUCUAAGGACCUACCGAGCUAUGUACGAUUACAGCGCCCAGGAUGCAGAUGAAGUGUCCUUCAGGGACGGCGACUACAUCGUCAACGUGCAGCCCAUCGACGACGGCUGGAUGUACGGCACGGUGCAGCGAACUGGGAAAACCGGGAUGCUUCCGGCGAAUUACAUCGAGUUUGUCAAUUAAUCAUUGCUCCUUGCCCUUUGAGCUUUGUUCUCACGCACACUAAACGUAAUCUUUCUGAAAGAUAGAAGAUACCUUUAAGACAACUUGGCAGUUAUUUUACAGUAAUCUAUCCUCCCUUUGACAAUUAGACACACAGGUACCAGGAAGAAGGAAUGACUUCUGGGCUGAAAACAGCAGCAUUUUUGGUAAUUCGUAUAAGCAAAAUAAUUAGGUCUGGAGACCUGGUGCUGCUAAUUGUGUUAAUGUUUUCCUUUGAUUGGCCAUCGUGAACCCUUCUGGGGAAAUGUAUUUUUGUAGACUUUAAUAGAGACGUUGAUUGUCCCUUAAAUGUCACAAGUAUAUGAAAUUUCUUAGCUGUCACUUUGGAAUCACCAGAAGCCAGUCCUCUUAAUUCA